GUGUGGAUCAUGUUCAAAGAUGUAAAAAUAUCUGGAAGAGUACUCUUAUCAUAAACAAAUUAGGGAUAUAUAAAUGCAUAAAUACAUAAAAAUCUGCAGUCUAAUUAUAGCAUUUAAAGUGUAAACCAAAUUUCUAUUUAGGUUCCAUUUCUUUACUUGUAUUCGCAGAAAUAUAAAUUUGUGUAAACGUUCGGGUCAGUCUAGUCAUAACAUUUUGGUUACAUUAUUUGAAAACUAUUGUACCGUAUAUAAUUUUAUCGUAACUUAUGUGUCGAUAAAGUAGGAAACGGAUUGAUUAAAGAAUCGGAAUUUAAGAUCCGAGUAAAUUCAUUGAGUAUUGGAAUUUAUCAGACAAACAUUAGAGAUAUUACAAAAAGGAGCAAAUGAGCUACGCUAUGCUAGUACGGCUACAAAUCUUGGUUCAAAUUGUUUACCCUUCGAAACUACUGUGCGUCAUAUGUAAACAAUGCUGUUCUUCUCUAAGAUGGAUUAUGUCUUCUGUCCGAGUGUUCGGAUUUAGUAUCUCGCAAAUACCCAACGGGAAUGCUUGCUGUGAUAUACUAGAAGCUCAAUGUUCCUUACAUUAUCCCGUAAAUAUAUUUAUGUGUAAUACAUUACACAAAAUUAAAAUAUCUUUUCAACUUACACAAGUACCUUGUAUUUUUAAACUCAAGUACCUCUUGAUACCUUUCUGUAGAAAAUAAAAUUACACAUUAUUUCGUAUAUAAAAACAUCUAUAUAAAACGAUAGCUCCGUUUAAAAAAAUGGAGGCUAUCUAGAAAAUUCGGUAAAUGUAUGUACUUUCAGAAUAAUUACAUUUCAUUUAGCUUAAUGAAAUUUUUUCCUACUUUCUAUAUGUUUCAAAGUUACUAGUCUAAUUACUUACGGUAUCUUAUAUAUUCAUGUACAGACGUACUAGGAUAUUAAAAUACCUAAAUACCAAAAUACUAAAAUAUUUAAAUAUAAAAAUACUAAAAUGCCAAAAUACCAAAAUAUCAACAAUUUUUUAAUUUCAAAAUAACAAAAUACAAGAUAGUUACUAAAAUUUCAAAACUUUAAAAUAUUAAAACACUAUAGUCCCAUAUAAAUAUACGAAUACAGAUUCUCUUUACAAAGAGAUUCGCAUAAAAGCAGUCUUCUAGUCGCAUUUAUAUAAACUACGCUUUUACCGUAAAUUAAACUGCGUGCUUCCAAGACGACCAACCGAUAAAUGUGUCGAUAGCCAGACGCACAGUCGAGCUUUUAUACGAACGACGCCCGAUCUCCUCUCCAUGCUCCUCGGUCUCAUUCGUCCCGAAAUUGAAUUGGUUAAUUGACAGACUUAAUCGAGAACAGAUUGUCCGACUGAUCGCCUGGGGUGCCAAGUUCGAUCUGUUACAAGCGACAGGGAAAACGCCAAGGUACUAUGCUGACAUUUUCCGAUCUGAUAGAAAUUACCUCAGUAAAGCACAGGAGGAAGUUUAAAUUAAGAGGAUUUUACAGUAUACUAGCCUAGAUUAUCCUAUUGGACAUGGAUUUGUUAAAGGAAAAGUAAAAGUAUAUAACCUAAAACUUAUCACUUGUCAAUUUAAUAGAAUUAUCAAUUCAAUCAUUCUAUAAGAGGUUGCCGCCAUUUAGGUAAUCCUACUAUAUCUUAUAUGUGAAUUAUUAGCCUUCUGUAUCGAUUAUCUAAUAAUUCAUAACCUCUAAUAAGUAACUAUAUACAAGUAGUGAUAGAUUUUUAAGGAAUGUUUCAAGAAAUGUUUUUUUAAGGUAAGUUUUUCUAAUGGAGAAACCUAUUGCUAUGGACAACAAACAAAUGAAAUUCUAAAUAAUUUAAUUUCAAAUAAAUAAGAAUUCAACAACUUAUUCUCUACGUACACUCAUCAUCCACGUAAGAUUUUUUCCACUGUCCACAAUUGAUCCAUUAAAGUUACUAUCCUAUUUCCGUUAGAACAGAGAGAAAAACAGAAGAAGGAAACAAUAAAGAGAGAGGUACAGCUUCGGAGAUUGUGUUAAACCUGUUACAAAUCCCGGUAGAGUCAAUGAAUCUAUCCGUACGAACAUUUCCGUCUUGCGGUGACGACAAAGAAUGAAAGUGAGGAUAGGAAGAGGAAAAGAGAUAAACAACGAUGAGAAAGCGAAAGAAACGAUAUGGGGGUGGUUGCAAAGGUUCUCCCAGGACGUAUCCACGAUCCUCAUUAAGUAUGGAGGAGCGUAGAUCUCGAUUGAAAUUGAGAUGAAUCGCUUCGUGGGACGUCAGGAUUGGCCUCGGUUGGGGGUGGGUUUUUUCAGUUGAACUUUAUUUCAAAUGAAAUCGAUACUGUCAAGGAAAGGGAGAAGAAAAAUAAGGUUUACUCCAUGGAAGCGACAAUUGGAUGAAAAAGAAAAGAGAAAGGAAAAAUAGAGUAGUGUAAGGUAGCUUGCACCCCUAUAAAACCAGCGACUGAACACCGUAUCGACAUCAUUCGCCGACAACGUUCCGCGAUAACGUGCCCUCAAACGAAGCGAUGAUCGGUUCCGUCGCGUUUCUGUCUUUCAACCGCCUUAUGACCAUGGCAAUUUGCGUACUGCUAUGUGUGGUCUAUUUGGUGUCCUGCGCUUCCGGAGAAUACGAAGGUAGAGAUUCCUCGAGUAGCACGAGCAAUGACAGAGCACCGAGCAACGAGUUUGGCUCGUGCAGCGACGGCAAGUGCAUCAAACGUACCUCGCAGGAUAUUACCAGCGGUAUGUGGUUUGGCCCACGAUUGGGGCGACGACGCAGGACGGACAGAAAACCGGAGCUCGAUUUUGACAUUGAAACUCUGGCCAACGCGCUCGAUGGGUCACGUUGGGCCAUCAUCACGAUUCCAGGAACAGAUAGGCGUCAAGCAAAGCAGUUCACACCCCGUUUGGGGAGAGAAUCAAGCGAAGAAUAUUUCUCAUACGGGUUUCCAAAUGAUCAGGAAGAGUUGUACGCGGAGGAACAAAUUUUCCCACCUUUGUUUGCACCACGUUUAGGACGUAAAGUACCUUGGAUACCAACUCCGAGGCUUGGACGUCAAUUGCACAAUAUAAUUGAUAAACCUAGACAGAACUUCGAUGAUGCACGCUUUUAAGACUGGUUCGACCUGCUGGAUGAUUAAUAGCUAAUGAUAUAGUGUAAUUAAGAUCAUAUUUAAGAAAAUAAAGGACUUGUAUUUAUUUGUAUUAUAAUCGAGGAAUGCUCGAUAUUUUUCCUGUUUCAUUAGUUUUUAUUAUUAUUCUUUCUCUUUUCUUUGUGAAAUGAAGGUUGGUUUUCCAUGUAAUUGAUUAGAAGUUAGGUUAGGCUUGAGGUAAUGGGCUAGUAUACGCAUUCACUUCUGUUAUAAUAAAGGGAUUGUUAGCAUUGUUCUACUUUAAUUCAGUAAAUUCUUUUCGUUCCCGUCAGAAAAAAAACCUGACAAUGUCAAGAGUCAAAAGAACAAAGAUAUUUAU